GAAACACGUGUGUAUGAAAAAGGGGGAAGAGAGGCAGGUCACAUGACCACGCAGUCACUCCGAAAGUGCGCUAGCUAGGGUGUUGGGUUUCAAAAUACGGCCAGCCCAAAUUCUGCGAGGCUUUUCCUGUGUCUUUAGGACAAGCAUCACUCUCAGAGGAAGUGACUUGUGAUUGCCUGCGCGCACUGCGCCGAAUUUAGCAAAGACAAACAAAAACAAAGGGAGGGAAGCCAAGUCAAACAGAAGAACAAAAUGGCAAACACGACCAACGCGACCAACGCGACCAACGCGACCAACGCGACCAACGCGACGACAGCUGCAUCUGCAGAGCACCCCAGCUGCGUCUCUUGCAGUCCAGCAAGCACAAUCAACAACAUCACGAAUGUCAUAAAUGCCAACGACGUGGUCUCCAGAGCAAACUACUGCUACAUGUUCUGCGCAGUGCUGGGCUUCGCCUCGGGGCUCUUCCUCUUCUACAGCUUCUUCAAGUCCUACAGAGCCCGGAGGAACUGGACCUGGCUGGACAGCUUCCUGUGCGCCCUCUCCGUCUCCGAAUUCGUCAUCCUGCUCUGCUCCCUCUCUUCCCUGGCUCACCGGCCGGGCUACCUCAUCGCCUCCAACCUCAACUGCACCCUCCUGUCCUUCCUGUUCAACGGGGCCUUCUUCAGCGGGCAGCUCCUGCUUGUGCUCAUGGGCUUCUUCCUGACGUUCGACCGGGACCCGCCCAGCUCGGCCCUGCUCCAGCGGGCCCGGGACACGCCCGCCGCGUGUGUGGCCCUGACCGCCGCGCUGUCGCUGCUCUGCUCGGCGCUGCUGGCGGGGCUCCUGGGGGCGGGGCAAAUUCCCUACCAAGUCGGCAGGUGCCGGCUGGACCCGUGGUGGGGCGACGACAGCGGCUAUGAGGCCACCAAGCUGCUCCUGGGCUUCGUCCUGCCCAACCUCCUCCUGCUGGCGCUCCUGGCGGCCGGCUGCGUGCUCUGGGGGAGGCCCGGCGGCGGCGGCAGCGGCAGCUUCCUGUCCAGGCUCAAGGCCUUCCCGGCCUUCCUGGCCGUGGCCCUGGUGACCUUCGUCUGCCGGCUCUUCUACAGCGGCGUGCUGAUGAAGCGGGUGGAUGCGCCGUCGCAGCCGGACGGGGAGCCGCUGAUGAGCGUGGCCGAGUUCGUGCUGUUCUCAGGGAGCUGCGGCAGCCUGGUGCUGGUGCUCCUGCUGCACGGGCCCUGCAGGGAGAGCCUGCAGGCCGCCGCCCGUCGCCUGGGCGACUGCUGCCGCAGCGUGGGCGCCAGGGACACCAACCGCCACAUCAUGGCCCCCCGCAUCGAGAUCACAGACACGGAGCACAGCUACGACCAGUGAAACCCACAGCAGCCAACGCCCUUAACUCAGGCCUAUUUAUAUUGCGUUUCGUUUCAUUUUUGCCUGCUUAAAACUGCAACCGAACGACAGCAUGUAAAAGAAAUGCAUGCGAAGAGCACCUCCCUGAGCUGGGCUCAUACAGCUCAUUAAAACGGCACGUGUUCAUCAACAGAAUAUCAUCUCACCAGUGACUUCAAAACACCAAAGUCAGCUGGACAAAGUCCUUGUGCGCGUACUUCUGCAGAUACUGCACCGCAGGCAGGUUAAUGCCUUGGGAUGAGCCAAGCUUCAAUCUCAGGACCGACUGGAAACAAAAUGGUUUAUAUAUAAUGCAAUAUAAAAUGUAUUUGUAAUCUUUAAAUACAAAUUCUAAAAAAAUGAAAACAUCAAAUUCUAAAAAAAUGAAACAUGUUCUGCGUAUACCAAAAUGGGCAUAAAAGGCAUACAAGUGGUACUCGCUUUUGAAGCGUUCUCAGGGUGCAGAAAUGACCGUAGAAGCUUAACAGGUCCAGGAUGCAAAACACUGUAUUUUAUUUGUUUGCUAAGUUUUUUUUGUAUAUCAGGCGAAACAGGGUACCUUUAAACACAGCGACUUUUUAAAAUUAAAUUAAAUGUAAAGCAGGCUGGGACGCUGAAGCUCAUAUCUGUCUGUGCGUUUAUAAUCCUCAGAAUGCCGUAAUCGGUGCACUGGGGUGAACAGCAGCAGGGCUGCUACAGUGAGCUUGUGGGAGGGCACGGAAGACCUGCUACCAGGAGUAUCCGCUGUACCCCAGAGCGGUCUGUCCUCAUUUGCUUCUGUUGCAGUCCCCCCCCCCCUACUAGGACAGGGCCUCUAUUGAAGCUCAACUUAACAGCAGUGGAUCUCAACGGGAUUCCUCAUUGAGUCAUACUGCAAUUUCCCCAUGCUGAAUGCGUAUAAGACUCCUCAUAGAGAGCAGUGGUAACACACUGUUUUGCAUUUCAAAUUCUGUCGGUUAUAAGCCAGUACUGUACAGCAGUGCUUUUGUCUUGUUUUCAAUUGCAUUUUGCGUUUUGUAUUGUUUUGCUUUGCUUUACCCAGCAAGUAGGCCGAGGCCUAUUCAUUUCAGUGCGUUAAGUGCAGGGUGGUGUGUGCAAUGUUGAACAUUAAGCUGCAGUUUAUGCAAUUUAUGAAUGAAAGUUGAUGACUUCCCAGUGUGUCCACCGUAUAUUUUCAGUAUGAGCUACAUUUUCAUCUGCGUUAAUUAUUCUCAUGCCAACAUUACUUGAAGGCCACACUCUGGUGAUGUAAGCAUUUAUUUGAUAUGCCCUUAAUAAAUGCCAGAGACUAAAACAAAACAAAACAAAACCUUUGCUAGUUCAUGAUGACACAUUCCAGAAAUUUCACCAAUAACACUAGCUGUUAAUUAUUAAGGUAUAACAAUCUGAAACAAGAUGGGCAUCACAAGAUCAUCAUUCUGACCAUCAUUCUGUCAUUACAACUGUCUGAUUAUAGAAUUGCUAGCCACCAAUUAUGCAACACUCCCCAUAUUUGAGGAAAAAGACAUCCCAGAGAUGUUUGUGUGAAGUGGUUUGUACAGUGUUACAGCCUCCACUGAAACAUCCUUGAGCCCCAAUAGAAAGUGCCACCCAUAAGCUAUAAUCAGAAGAAUGGCAAUGUGCAGUAGGCUACAUGCUAUGCCCCAAAUUUUUAAAAACCAUCUAAAAAGUUUAACCACUCUUUUUUUUUUACACUUCAUCCCUAAAUUUGUACUUCCCAAAAGACCAAAGGUUGCAACGCCAUCUGUCAAUUUGGAAUGGCUCAGACUAGAGCGAUAUUCCUCCAUAGAAUGCCCUACCAGGCGCUGCUCAUUUCAGCCAGUACAAACGCUAACCUACAACGGUCACUGUGGUUGAAGACCUCCGUGUGCACACCUUAACUACGCAUUCACCUCAAGCAGUAGCAACAGAGUGGUCACAGAGCAAUCUAAUCAAGGUGUUGCUGGUUGUUCUGCUUGGCACAAUGCCUGUCACACAAUAUUGGGUUCAUGCUUUCAGAAACCAAAACGUCAAACAGGCAUUUUAAAAAAGGCAUGUGGUUUCCAUUACAACACACAAGAAACAAGGUGUUGACUACAAAUAAUGUGCCGUGUUUUGGAAAUGGCAUGUCCUGUAACGGUCUCCACAAAGGCUGCGGGGGGAGCUGGUAAUUCUCAGAAAAACCAUUCGCUCCCAAGUUCCUCAACAUGCAGCUUGGUAUGCCCGCAUUCCCAUAAUUUUUCUCUGAGUGCCACUAAAUACAUUUUUGCAAUGUUAUCAACAGAUACGGGCUAACAAAAGGCCCUUCCAUUAAAAUACAUAAAAGAUGACAACCAAAGUUGACCGACAAAGAUCCAAACCUAAGUGGAGCUCAGGCAUUAAUAGCAUCUAGAAGUAAAAGUGAGAAAAGCCCAAUAUCAUAGUUAAUUUUAGCAAUGAAUAAUCACACAAACAUUCCAGGUCGAACACACUGACAACACAAACAGUUUGACUGACUUGCUAGACCAUCAUUUUGGUGGAAUAAAGACAGGUAGGCUAUGUGUGCGUCUGAGAAAUUGUUUACCAGUUCUACUGCAAGUUAAAAAAUGUACAUUUUCAAUGCAGGAUUUUUAACCACCUCACAUUUCAGUUACAAUGUUUGGUUCAAAUGUAUCAACAAUGCACUGCCAUUCUACUGCCAGUGUGAACUUUUCAAUAAACAGUUCAGUGUUAAUAAAGUACCUAUAUUGUUCUUUUUUUAAA